GUGUGAAUGCGGGCACGGGGCGACAUUUGCGGGUUUACCCUCGGGGAGGCUUAUUUAUUUUAUGCAUUGUUGUGCAAUUGUUGCAAAAAAUUGGAAAAGGGAUCAUGACGAAACUAUUUCAGUGGCUCGGCUCUCUGGUCCUCCUGGGUGGCAUCUGGGCUGCGUUGAUGCUGGACCUCGUGGGGUCCCACCCCUUAUCCCCAAGCUGGCACCAAGUGCUGUGGGCCCUACCAACCUAUCUAUUGGUGACCUUCGGCUGCUACUCGCUGGGAGUCGUGGGCUACCGUCUGGCUACCUUCAACGACUGCCAGGAGGCCUCUUUCGAGCUGCAGGCCCAAAUCCGGGAGGCCCGAGCCGACCUCACCCGACAUGGCAUGAAGUUUUGACCCGGGGGGGCCUUUACGGGAACAGAAAUGGACAGUAAAUGAUUGUUCAGCGUAUGACUGAAUUUUUUGCGGGGGGGGAGUGCAGCUUGGCUGUGGAAUCUGUGUCAAGAAAGAGAGCAUCUUCUUUUUUUAAAAAUAAAAAAUUUAUUAAACGUUUGAACAGCA